AUGAGUUCGUCCGAGGCUACACGUUCACGUACUAGUACGCCCAAUGCGAGUGCUAAAAUACGCGCGCAUUCUCAUGAUGCGACGCACGGACGCUGGCGUCUGGACGGUAAUGGUGGUGCACCGCCUGCGGGACACGCACCUACGCCGCGAGAGGGCGGUGCUUCGUCAUCCACAGAAGGUUUCGCUGGUCGGCCUAUGUCCUCAUCACAGAUUCCCUACUCGUAUGAGCGCCAUACGGCCGAUCUUUCGCGUGCCAUCGUGGAGUUCCUGACGCCGCUAUUGCCAUCCGAAGAGGAGUAUCGCGCGAAGGAAGCUGUACGUCGUCAGUUGUUAGGUCUUGCAACGAAGCUACACCCUGACGCCAAGCUCCUUGCCUUUGGCAGCAUGGCCAAUGGCUUUGCGCUGCGUUAUUCAGAUAUGGACCUGUGCUGUCUUGUACCGCCAAACAAAAGUGAGGAAAAGACGCGUACCUCUGCCGAGCUAGUCGAGGCACUUAGUGAUCUCAUUCGUCGUGAGACAGAUUUCCAUGUGCUGCCGCUGCCGCAAGCGCGCAUUCCGAUCCUGAAAAUCAGCCGUGCCAAAGGCGAGGCGCACGCGUACGAUAUGGCGUGCGAUAUUGGGUUCAACAAUCGUCUUGCGUUGGAGAAUACACGACUGCUACUUUCGUAUGCGAUGCUCGAUCCGCCGCGAUUGCGCUCCUUGGUGUUGUUUGUCAAAGUGUGGACGAAGCGGCGGAAGCUCAAUGCGCCGUUUACAGGGACGCUUUCGUCGUAUGGAUACACACUUAUGGUCCUCUUUUUCCUAAUACAUGUCAAGCGGCCCCCUGUGCUCCCCAAUUUGCAACGUAUCCCCACAAGGAAGCGUGUUUUGCCGGAGGACAUUGUGCUGGAGGGACACAACAUUUACUUUUUCGAUGACAUGGAGGCACUACGACAGAGCUGGCACUCGGACAACACGGAAUCGCUCGGUGAGUUGCUCCUCGACUUCUUCCGCUACUUUUCACGCGAUUUCAACUAUACCAAGGAUGCUAUGUCCAUCCGCACCGAAGGCGGAUUGAUAACCAAGGAGUCGCGUGGAUGGCAGUCAGAGAUGCUGGGCAUAGAAGACCCGUUCCAAGCGGGAUACAAUGUGGCACGUACAGUCACCAAGGAUGGGCUGUAUACCAUACGUGGCGAGUUUAUGCGCGCGAGUCGCCUGCUGGCGAAUCGCAGUGUUCGGGCGCCGCAGCUUCUUGCGGACCUCUGCGCUGAGCGCGAAGAUGGACUGACGCGCGCCCCGGAUGCGCGGCAUGAUGGACGUGGACGUAUGCAUGGCCGGCCUAUGCAGGUCCCACGUGAGCGUAUGCCCUUCUCGGGAUCGACUAUGGCGUUUGAAGACAUGGCUCGUGGGCUUGUGCAAGGCGUGUCCUUCCCACCGUCGCAUGCAAUGCUUGCACCGCUCGCACAGACAUAUGGCUUGUACCCCGCGAUGCCCGGUCCCCCGUAUAGGACGUCACGAACGACAUCCACUGCGCCGCCCAGUGCGAAUUCCUCGCCACAGCGCAAGCCUCGCGACGUGGAUGCGCGAGUAGUCAUGCCACCACCUAGCAUGAUCCCUACCACGUCGCAUCGCUGGGCGGCAACAUCGAAACCGGCACGUUCUCUCUCUGAAUCGGGUACGCCACGUACGGAGAAGGAUCGGUACCUAUGGAUGUCGCCACAUACCCAGGCAGGUCCAUGGAGUCCGGAGAACUUGGCGCCGCCCGGCCUUGCUCCGCCCAUGCCAGGCGCGCCUGCCAAAGAGCGCGAGGCUCCGACCACGCGUCCACCGACGAUGGACUCUGUGCAGCCUACGACGACCGACGAGUUGGAUGACGUGUUUGGCAUGUCGCCGGAGAAUCCAUAG